GUUCACCACCUCCUUGGUUGGUUGCAAGUUGCAAUCGUCACCGCCACCACAAUCUCCCGAACUUUAUUGGGGGGGGGUUUUCCUAGGGCUUUUCAACCUUCGCGUCUUCCUCAUUCUCCAGUUCAGUUUCCAGAUGGCGAGAUACUCAGCUGGUACGGUUGACUGUCCUGGCUCACCCAAAUCUGUGCGAAUCGUUGUGGUUGGUGACAAGGGCACUGGCAAAUCCAGCUUGAUUGUCGCUGCAGCCUCCGAUUCUUUCCCUCCCAAUGUCCCUCCUGUUCUCCCUGAUACCAAUCUUCCUUUGGAGUUCUUCCCUGAUGGCGUUCCCGUCACCAUCGUCGACACUUCCUCCAGGCCGGAAGAUAGGGAGAUGGUUGCCGAGGAACUGAGGAAUGCAGAUGCGGUGGUUUUGACAUAUGACUGUGGUCGUCCUGAGACUCUCGAAGGUUUGACUACGUAUUGGCUCCCAGAGCUUCGGCGAUUAGAGGUAAAAGUUCCUAUAAUAGUAGCAGGGUGUAAGCUCGACUUGAGAGACGACAAUAGCCAAGUCAGCCUCGAACAAGUGAUGUCACCUAUAAUGCAUCAGUUUCGGGAGAUUGAGACUUGUAUCGAGUGUUCUGCCCUGAAACAACUCCAGGCACAAGAAGUUUUCUAUUAUGCACAAAAAACAGUCCUUCACCCAACAGGACCUCUGUUCGAUCAAGAGUCCCAGUCACUGAAACCCCGGUGUGUAAGGGCUUUGAAGCGUAUCUUUAUACUCUGUGACCAUGACAGAGAUGGUGCUCUUAGCGAGGCUGAGUUAAAUGAUUUUCAGGUCAAGUGUUUCCAUGCACCAUUGCAACCUUCUGAAAUUGACGGUGUUAAGAGGGUUGUGCAAGAAAAGUUGCCAGAAGGUGUGAAUGAAAGAGGACUGACAGUGACCGGCUUCCUGUUUCUACAUGCACUUUUUAUUGAGAAAGGGAGGCUCGAGACAACAUGGACUGUACUUCGGAAGUUUGGGUAUAACAAUGAUAUAAGACUCGCUGAUGAAUUGCUUCCACCUUCAUUAUUCAAGCGAGCACCUGAUCAGAGUGUCGAGUUGACGGAUGUAGCAGUCGACUUCCUGAAAGGAAUGUAUGUGUUGUUUGAUGACGAUGGGGAUAAUAAUCUGAGACCUCAAGAGAUCGAGGAUCUUUUUUCAACUGCACCUGAAAGUCCUUGGACGGAAGCUCCUUAUGUGGACGCGGCAGAGAAAACUGCCCUUGGAGGACUAUCAUUUGAUGCUUUCCUGUCACUGUGGUCACUGAUGACACUAUUAGAACCGGCUCGGAGUGUGGAACACUUGAUUUACAUUGGAUUCCCGGGUGAUCCAUCUUCUGCAAUUCGUCUUACUAGGAGAAGACGUUUAGAUCGCAAAAAGAAACAGUGUGAAAGAAAAGUUUUCCAGUGCUUUGUUUUCGGACCCAAUAACGCUGGAAAAUCUGCAUUACUGAAUUGCUUUCUUGGAAGGUCAUAUGCUGAUAAUCCGGGAUCAACCACGGAUGAGCGCUAUGCAGUAAAUAUGGUCGAUGAAUCUGGGAGUGCAAAGAAAACGCUUGUGAUGAGGGAAAUUCCAGAAGGUGGGGCUCAAGGGCUAUUUUCAUCCAAGGAGUCGUUGGCUGCAUGUGACAUAGCUGUCUUCGUGUAUGACAGUUCCGAUGAGUCGUCAUGGAAGAGAGCGACUGAGUUGCUUGUUGAAGUUGCAACUCACGGGGAGGCCACUGGAUAUGAGGUCCCUUGCCUCGUGGUUUCAGCGAAAGACGAUCUUGAUUCAUUCCCGAUUUCCAUACAAGAAUCCACCAGGGUGACGCAAGAUAUGGGAAUAGAGCCUCCGGUACCCAUCAGCUCCAAAUUGGGGGAUUUCAACAACUUAUUCCGUAAAAUCUUAACAGCAGCGCAACAUCCUCAUCUGAGUAUUCCAGAGACCGAAGCAGGAAAAAGCCGCAAACAUUACAACAGGCUAAUCAACCGCUCUCUUAUGGCUGUCUCAAUUGGAGCUGCUGCUGUGGUCGUUGGGCUGGCUGCAUACCGUGUGUAUGCAGCAAGAAAGAGCACUUCUGCCUGAGAAGAUUGAGAAUGAAGAACCUAAUGGUCUCAAGGUGCGAACAAUCUUGUUCCGGGUUUGUUUAUCAUUCCCAGGUUUCUUACCAGAGUAUUGUUGCUUUGAAGUGAUGGUUGAAGAUCUGUAGGAACACAAACAUUUUAGGGACAGAAAAAGAGAACAUGGUCAAAUAUACUUUGUGUCGAGUUUCUUCAAUAACAAAACGAACUUUUUGUCACC